AUGUGCAUCCACUACACCUGCAAAUUCCUCUGCGGAUGCAUAUGGGACGAAUGGCGCUUCCCCUGCGAAAACCCCCACGCAUGGUGCACCUACCGAGACAUAAUCCAAACCGACGACCCCCUAACCGCAUGCGAAGACUGCUGGGCCAGAAUCGAAACCAGGGUGCGACGGUACGGGCUGCGGAAUGUGCUGCGGUCGGGGGAGGAGGAGGCCUUCCCGCUGGGCCGGGCAUUGGGGAUGUUAGUUGUGCUGUUGUAUGAUGAAAAUGAGCAGUGGAGGCUGUUUCGGAAUGGCGAGCGGGUGUUUUUCAGAGAUCGCGAAUUGGAUACGAUGAAGGAUUUGCGACCGGUUUCUGCGGCGUUGAUGAGGGAGAGGUAA